GGGGUUUUCCACUGUAUGGGGAUUUUCACUGUAUGGGGAUUUUCAUUGCACAGGGAUUUCAAAUUGUAUUGUAGGGAGAUUGGCGAUUUGUAACGAAGCAGUUAAACAGAGGAGAGGUUUGAAAAAUCACACAAAUUCAGGAUGGAGCACAUUCCCCGUCUAUCAGACGCUGUCUAUGUGGGAAUGUGUCGUGAAGUAGGAACUCCUGAUGAAGUGAGAAUCAGGAGGGACGUGGAGGACACCGGUGAGGUGGUGAAAAGACCAGUGAAUAAAAUGAAUGGAUUACACAAAAUGAUCAGUGGCAGUCAUCGUGAAGGAUUUAGACUUAAAACAUCAGACAUAGAUUUCAUGCAUUGGCUCCCGCAUCACGAAGUGAUCUGUGAUCUCUCUCAGAUCAGUCUGUAUCGUGUCCCACAACACACCGUCAUUCUGAUGGAGUGGGAAGAUCUUCCACCGGGAUUUACCAGACUGCAGCUGAUGUCAGAUUCCCACAAUGAUGUUGUAAAAUCUUCAUGCGUAAUCCGAAAUAAUGAACAUUAUAUUUCUAGUAUGUUAUUUAAAACGGCUUUUAGUCAACUUUGUAUAGAUUCUAACCCUGCUUAUCAAUCGUCUGUCCCACAUGGGCCGUGCUUAUCGUUCUCACAAGGACAACAGGAAUGCGACUGUGCUUUUUGUUUCGCAUCUCAACACUGGCCGACACUAGCAACACCAUGGGUAGAAAGAUGUCGACAGAAAGGUUGGCCCUCUGAUGAUGUUUUACAUGAUAUAAUACAGUCCGGUUUUCAUGUCGUGCCAAUAGGUAGUGAUAAUGACAGGGAAGAUGAAUGGAGGAUUUCAUUUUCACAAGCAGAGCAAAAAUUAGUUUACGCAAUGAAUCAUUCUCAGUUUCUCUGCUACGGACUUUUGAAGAUUUUUCUAAAAGAGGUUAUCAAUUCCGGAAUCAAGGACCCUAUCCUGUGUUCAUAUUUCAUGAAAACUAUUCUAUUUUGGGUUAUUCAGGAGGAUGCCUCAUUGACAUGGACGCCCGAUAAUUUACUGCCAAAUUUUUGGAGGUGUUUCAAAUUGCUCAUUUACUGGAUAUCGAUCGCAGAAUGUCCAAACUUUUUCAUUCCCCAGAACAACAUGUUCAGAGUUAAAGUGAAAGGAGCAGCACAGAAUGCAUUGUUUAAUCGGUUAUAUGAUUUGUAUUGUAAGGGGAUACCAUGCCUUCUGUUAAGUCCUACACUCAGAUCUUACCUCAGUCAAGUCAUAUUAGAUAGAACAUUGACAGUAAGGACAGAUGAAGACAGUAUAAUACCCAGUCAUAGAUUAGACAUGCAGGUUUUCAAAGAAACAUAUCACUUAGUAGCUUCAAUAAGAAACAUGAAAUACUUCGCAAAUUAUAUGAUGACCAUUGAAAAUAUUAUGGCGAAAAGACAAAGUCCAUGUCACGUAGUGUGUAUUCAAAAGAUGACGUCAGUCGUACUACUCCGUACUGCCUGGUACAUUAUAAAUUACACAGAAACACAUAACAAAGAUAUAGCACUUGUAUCAAACAAAGUAUGUCACAUGUUAAAGAUAGCAUCACAGAUAGGUUAUGUGUCAGACAUACUGUAUCUAGCUAUGUACUACUACAGAACGUGUAGGUAUGAACAAUCACUGAGAUGUUUACAGAGAGCACAAGAGAGGAUGUCAGUACCCUAUGUUAUGUAUAGAGAUAAUGUCAAUGUAGAGAUGUACAGACGCGCCAUGACGGGAGUGUCACUGAGUGAUAAAAUGAGAAAGGCUGUAGUGAGUGACAUUAAACUAAAAAGUGAUUACACUUACAUUGAUGAGUUGUUGUUAGAGCAGACAGUCAGUUACAGGAAUGGUAGGUCUGCAUUAUACAUCCCACCUCUAGUGAUGUUACACAUGUUGUCAGUACUGAAUCACCACAGAUUACAUCACACACUAGAGUCUCACCAAGCUCUACAGAACCUCCAGACUCUGCUACUCAAUGAUGUCGGGGUCCAUGUCCCUGAACAACUCAGAGACAUAUCAUAUCAGAUACUGGGGAUCUGUCAACACGUCUGUGGGGACUAUGUGGGAGCCUUAAACUCGUAUCAGUAUUCACAUGAACAAUAUCAGCAUCACAAGAUUCAACAAGCAUCAAUUUACAGGAUACAUUCACUCAUUCAGACUUAAUUUAGUUACAUUUCAGAAAGUGAACUCAGACCAGACUAGGUUACGUUGUGUAUCUACAGUACGAUAUAUCACUGUUCGUUAUCUUCGCCUUUCAUGGAAUGUGUAAAUUUUAUCAACCAUCCAACAGAACUGCUCCUGGAGACGAGAUCUAGAGGAACUUAAGUGAAAUCUGUCUUUUUGCUAGUCAAUGUGUUAACGGAAAUAGACAAUGAGGUCAAUUCACUGAAUCCAGAUUACAAAAUCUUGUUCUGUGUUAUAUGAUAAAUGCAUACAAUAAAAAGAUGACAUUGUGUUA